AUGCCGGUUUCAACGCGGUCUCAGAUCAACGGCGAAAUGGAACCGAACCCCUCGACGGCGACGCGGCUGAGAAACCCGCAUCAUGGACUGAAGGAGAAGCUCAAAACGCUGACCCUCUUAUACGAGCAACAGAAACAAGCCUCCGCGUCUCUCAAGAACGCAUCUUUCAGGUUCCCUGAGAAGACCGUCAUGCGAGAGAACGCAAUGCCCAACACCACCGUAACAAAAACCUUCGUCCUCCCGCAACCCCCCUCAAACGACGACGACGCCAAGGAAAACGCCAUCAUUGGCGCGGAUCGCAUUGUCGGGUUUUCGUGCCCCAGAAAAACGACGACCAAUAAUAAUGUUUCGGUUUCGUGUUCUGCCACGGUGGCGCGGAAGCUCUCGAUGCAGGAAUUGGAGAGGGAGAGAGUGGAUGCGGUUUCGGAGAAGCAAGGGAAAGUGGGAAGCAGGAUUAUGGUUUUCGUGAGGCUGAGACCGAUGAACAUGAAGGAAAAGGAAGCGGGUUCACGGUGCUGCGUCAGAGUCGUUAAUCGCCGUGAUGUUUACCUCACGGAGUUUGCCAAUGAAAACGAUUAUCUCAGACUCAAUAGGCUUCGUGGACGCCACUUUACCUUCGACGCUGCAUUUCCAGAUUCAGCUUCUCAGCAAGAAGUUUAUUCUACCUCGACUUCAGAGCUUGUGGAAGCGGUUUUGCAAGGGAGGAAUGGGUCGGUUUUUUGUUAUGGUGCAACAGGUGCUGGGAAGACUUACACAAUGCUUGGGACGGUGGAGAAUCCUGGAGUUAUGGUUUUGGCUAUUAAGGAUCUUUUCAGUAAAAUCAGGCAGAGGAGUAUUGAUGGAAAUCAUGUGGUUCAUUUGUCCUAUCUUGAGGUUUAUAAUGAAACUGUUAGGGAUUUGCUUUCACCUGGACGGCCUCUGGUUCUCAGAGAAGAUAAACAGGGAAUUGUGGCAGCAGGUCUUACACAAUAUAGAGCGUAUUCAACGGAUGAAGUGAUGGCAUUGCUUCAACAAGGAAAUCAGAACCGAACCACAGAACCAACUCGUGCAAAUGAAACAUCUUCCCGUUCCCAUGCAAUUUUGCAGGUUGUGGUGGAAUACCGAGUUAGUGAUGCCUCAAUGAACAUUAUUAACCGAGUGGGUAAGCUCUCAUUAAUUGAUCUAGCAGGGUCUGAGAGAGCUCUCGCUACAGAUCAAAGAACACUUAGAUCUCUUGAGGGUGCCAAUAUAAACCGGUCUCUUCUUGCACUAAGCAGCUGUAUUAAUGCUCUAGUUGAAGGCAAGAAACAUAUACCGUAUAGAAACUCAAAACUCACUCAGCUUCUCAAGGAUUCACUAGGAGGAACUUGUAACACUGUCAUGAUUGCAAACAUAAGUCCAAGUAACUUAUCAUUUGGUGAAACUCAGAAUACAGUUCAUUGGGCUGAUAGAGCCAAGGAGAUUCGAUUGAAGGUAAUCGAUGCAAAUGAGGAUCAAUUGCCAGUGCCUGAGAUAGAAACUGACCAGGCCAAGCUGGUACUUGAGCUGCAAAAAGAGAAUCGUGAGUUAAGAAUGCAACUAGCACAACAUCAACAGAAGUUGUUGACUCUCGAAGCACAAUCCUUAGCUUCACAUUCCUCCCCAACACCACCUUCAGACGAACCUCUUUCCACUCCUCCAACUUCUGCUCAACCAAUUGAAAAACGAAGGUGUAGAUCCUCUUUCUUGGCUGGAACUUGUUUCACUCCAGAAACCAAGAAGAAAGGGCCGGAACUAGCCAUCAAAACACUUCAACGGACCGUGAAAACACUAGAGGCAGAGAUUGAGAGAAUGAAGAAGGAUCAUAGCUUGCAGCUAAAGCAGAAAGAUGAUCUUAUUCACGAGCUUUCACAAAAUGGUGGCAGACAAACGUUAACAACUGGGGAAGCGGGGAAGGGAGUGGUGUCUAGGGCCAGCCUGCGGCCAAAGGAACCAAACAAUAGUGAGAUAAAGAGUCCAAGUCAACGUUUUAGAUCUCCAGCCCCUACUGCCAAGAAACGAACCUUUUGGGACAUAACCACAAAUAAUAGUCCGUCAGUUACUACAUUAAAUGGUAGAAAAACUAGAAGUCAUGUCCUUGCUGAACCUACUGCUCCUCCUCCAUCCAUGCUUCUUCAGCCUGGUUUUGCUCGUCAAAAAGCCAAUAUUUAA